AUGGAUGAGCUGCAGAGCUCGCGGUUCGGCCAGCCGUCUCCUCGCCACGGACUUCGGCUGCUCUACUGGUUUGUUCAACGCUGCGUCGAAGUCGAUCGAAACAAUCAGAUGGUUUCUCUCUGCAGCCCGUCUUCUGGUGACUUCGGCUUUCGGAUCUUCCGCAACAGAGAUGAAGGAGGAAAAGGCCACCUGCUUCCAGACUCCAGCGGCCUGGUCUACUACGAGCUCGGGAACCUGAGUGUGUCAGGAGUCAAAUCCCUGCCUGAGUACGUCCGAGAGAGAUACACCGGCUUCCAGGACAAGAGCAACUCCGAUCGCAUCAUCGUCACCCUGCGAUCCGGGACGUUCCUCGACAUCUACGUGACGCGCCACGAGACCAGAAUGAACUUCAACCCAUGCCAUACGUUCCGCAUCAGCCGGGAGCUCGUAAGAACCAUAAAGACCAUGCAGAGGGAGGACUUCCUGAGGGCAGCUAAACGCCGUCGGGGAAUCAGGCCUCCGUUUUCACUUUCCUUCUCUCUCUCGCUCUCUUCAUCUCUGGAGAAGCUCCUCACCGCUGCACUAUCAGAGGUCACCAUGAGCAGAUUAGCGACCCUGGAUGAGAUGGAUCACCUGGAGCAGUGUCGAUUCGGCCGUCCUUCUCCACGGCACGGACUCAAGCUGCUCUACUGGUUUGCUAACGACGGCCUCUCGUUUGACCUCGACGAUGAAAUGUUGUCCAGAUGUGAUCCAGACAAAGGAGAGUUCGGGUUCCACCUGUUUCAAAACCGUUAUGAAAGAAAUGGGGUAAAACUCCUGCCCGACGUGGACCUGCCGUAUUAUGUGCUGGGGAAUCUGAACAAACCCCGAUCGUACGAACUUCCCCAUUACGUCCGGGAGGAGCACACCCGUCACCAUGACAACAGCAACAUGGACCGCAUCAUAGUCAGCAUGGAUAAUGAGUGGUUUGAAAAAGUUUACGUGACCGAACAUAAGGAUCGUUCCACCUACAACGCAGACGCCACGUACAAUGUCAGCAAGAACCUCCUGAAGAUCAUCAGGGGUCUUAGUUUAAUUGAUUAUCUCUGGAGAACUGGGUUUUGGUGGAAACCAGAGAUCAUCAGAAGUCUAAACAUUAAUAUUCCUCAACCCAAACACACAUCUCCUGUCAAUCAAAUGACCAUCACUUUAGUGCCAGAUGUUGGUUCUCAGAGAAACCGGGUCACCUGCCUGGAGCCACUAAACGAACCAGAGAGCAAUCAAGAGAACGAUCAAGAGAACAAUCCAGGGAACAUUCAAGAGAACAAUUCAAGGAACAUUCAAGAGAACAUUCAAGAGAACAUUCAAGAGAACAUUCAAGAGAAUAUUCAAGAGAACACUCAAGAGAACAUUCAAGAGAACAAUCCAGGGAACAUUCAAGAGAACAUUCAAGAGAACUAUCAAGAGAACAAUCCACCAAACAAAUCACAGAAUAUCUCAGGGAACAAAUGUUCAGGUUUGAAGGUUUCAGGUUCAGGGAACAGAUCUACCAGGAAGAACUGUUGUGAAUGUACCAUACUGUAGUUUUGGAUACAAAAAGAAAUGAUAGAAAGAUUGAGAUGAUCAUGAUAUAAACACACAAGUCUCUGUGGGAAAAUAUUUCUCAUCUAUUUAUAGGAGCGAUUAGACGUUUGAAGGCUUUUAGAACAUAAACCCCUUACACAGGGCUUUAUUUAUUUAUUUAUUUAUUUAUUUAAUUCACUUUGUCUCAGAAAUUGUGUUUAAAUAUGCUGUAAUAUUUACUCAUAACAUUCUUAUUUCUAUAUGAAAUUUGUAUUCUAUA